CUGCCCCUCCACCUUACUCUUCGUGCUAUAGUCUCUCGCUGGAGUCACUCGUCACACAACCGCCUCUCUGCAGUUGUUUAGUUGCCUUCGUUAUCAAUAUCCACGCUUACGCCUGCGUCUACAUCCACCAUGGACUCCUUUAAAGCUCUGGCUAUCUUCGCCUUCUGUACCUCUGUUAAUGCUGCAGCUCUGCCCCAGAGUCUUCCCCUUAGCACUGCUACCGGCACCGCUGCGACUGUUGGACCUGCUGCUGCAUCUGGAGCUGCUGGUGUUGCUAUCUCGAAACCCAUCCUCCCAGCGGCGCCGGCCGUUGCUUUGCCUGGCGGCAUCGGUCUUCCUGCGCUCCCCCUAGGGAAAGUCCCUGCCCCCGAUCUAAAAGGUUUGCCUCUGCCUCAGAGCGGCUCACCACUCGACAAAGUUCCCGCCGUUGGGAACCUACCCCUCGAAGUUCCAGCUGCUCCCAAACCGGAAAUCUCUGCUCCGACUGAGCCCAAGCUUCCCAUAGGCGGCGAUCUCCCUAAGCUACCAGUACUUGGUGAUGCUGCGGCGAAUCUGCCUCUUCCUGAUAGUGGCUCUCUGCCCGUAUCAGUGCCCGCCUCGCCCUCGGUCGAUGGUCUUCCUUUCAUGAAACUACCAUCUGCGGACGGUCUACCUAUUCCCAAAACUCCGCUUCCGAACACGGGCUCUCUAUCUCUUCCUGAUGCUCCAGGUUUGCCCUCUGUAGACGGCAUUCCUAUCCCCAAGCUGCCGCUUCCUGACACUGGUUCUCUCCCCAAAUUACCUCUUCCCGACACCGACUCGCUGCCUUUGCCGGUGCCCCUACCUAAGCUCCCCAACCUCAACGAAGCCGAUGCGUUGGACAAGGUUGUCAAGCUCGGAUCGACAGUCCUUGAAGUUAUCCUUGGCAUCCUUGCUAAAGGAACUUCACUCUUUCCUCUUCCGGGUGGCAUCGGUCUUCCUUCUACCCCAUCGCUUCCAAUCCCUAACGCAUCUCUUCCUCUCCAGAAGAGGCAGCUUGGAGGCGUCGGGGGCCUCUUGAGCGGAGCCGCGCCCUUGGCGUCUCCCGCUGCCGCUCUUGGUACCGUCACUGGAUCUGGCGCCGCUUCUGGUCUUACUGGGACUGUUGCCAAUGCUGCGGGCAGUGUCCCUGUUGUUGGCGGCGUCACUGGUGGGGCCAACCCAGUAUCUGGAGCUCUGGGAACUGUAGCUAGUGCUGGAGGAAGUGUUCCAAUUGCGGGUUCUGCUGCUGCACCCAUAGUUAACACUGUUGGUGGCGCUGCUGGGUCUGUUGGUGGAGCAACUGGUGCCCUCGCUCCUAUUACGAAUGCUGCCUCCGGUGUCGCCAACACGGUAUCCAGUGCAGCCGGAGGUUUGCCUAUAGCUGGACCCCCUGUCUCAGGUGCAGUCAAUAGCAUUCCUGCCCCCCUCUCACCUCCUUUACCCAACUCCGAACCGCUUGGAGCCUUUUCCAUCGCUAUCGUAGCCACUCUACUCAGCUUGCUGAAAAAGGAUCCUCUUUCUUUAUUUGCUCCAUCUCUGCCUGUCCGUGCCCUGGUAAAGCGCGAUCUGCCAGAACUGCAUGCUGCCGGAAUUCCCGAGCUUCAUGUCGCUAAACGACAGCUCCCAUCUCUCUCUACAGGGUCGCCCGUUGGUGGUAUUGGAAACCUGCCUCUGGGCAGUGUUACGGGCAUUUCCCCAGAUCUAGCCUUCCUCGUCAGCUCCAUCGCCAAGAACAUUGCUCUCCCGGGUGGCACUGGAGUCGGAAGCAUUACCUCUAACAUCCUCGGAAUCCUCAAUGGUGUCGUUCCUAACUUCCUCUUCCAGCUCCCCGUCGUCCAAGACGCGGUUCCCACAUUUGGUGUUCUGCAACUCCUCUCUUCUAUCAACCCGACUAAAUUUGGUAACCUCGUUGGCCUGACCAGCCUUGCUUCUCUCCAGCAGGCCGUCGGUGGCAUUACCUCCACCGAUCUGGCGUUCGUCAAGGGGUUGCCGCUUCCAUCCGAUCCUACCAAUCUCAUUUCCACCAUCACGAACCUGUCCGAUAAUAUCCUGACUCUACCCGGUAAUGUAGUGAACCUAAAGGCUAGCGUUGCUGCGCUUUGCUUGAAAAAUCUGGGUUUGGCUGUUCCUGGACUGUAA